AUGUCUUGUCGCCGUCUAAUCCAGUGUUGUGGCGACGACGCCGAGCCCACCCCGACACCGAGGCCAGCAGCCGCUAUACCAGAAGGAAGAACCUCUGUUGCUGUGCCGGCAGAUACAGUGUCUCUAGCGACCCUACGUCCCGCGAAUACUUCUAGAACACCGACCGCAACCCAAGCUUCACAGCAAACUCAGCACUCAGGUGCCACCACCGAGCAGCAGAAUGCAUUCCAGGAGUUAUGGCUAAAGGCCAUGGCGCAAAUCAAGGCAUCCGAUGAUGGUCCGGAGCUUGGCGAGCUCAUACAGACCGCGACGAACUCUCAUCCAGCAGAUGGCGACAUCACCGCAACCGUUUUGUUCAAAACCCUGCAGGAUGAAAUGAAUCGUGUUGGGCUCAAAGGGAAGCUGGCUGAUAUGAUGGAGGAUAUUGUACCUUAUCUGAACCGUGUUAUGAUUGUUGGCGAUGUUGCUAUUAGCGCGAAUCCGAACCCAGCGGCAUUCCCUUGGGCUGCUGUCAGGUUUCUUCUCUUAGAUAUUCGAGUCAAGAUCAUCGAAGGCAUGGCUGAAAUGACAAUCUUGGUAUACCAGUCCACCAAGGCCGUGGCAGACGCCUGGAGGAUCGAGGACUUCACGGAAUAUCUGCAGGAUCUUAUCACAGCAAAAGAUCGGCUUCAUGAUGCGGGCUAUAUGUGUGAGCUAUAUCGCGGUACGAGAAGUCACGGCAUCCUCAAGGAUAUGUACGAAGUGGUCAAGAAAGAAGCGGUUUCAAGUGCUGAAGACCGAGCCAAAGCGCAACUAAAAGACCUUCUCGUCGACCCAAAAGACGCCGUCGAUCAUAUCCACCACACCAGUAACUCUUUCUGCCUUGAUGGUACACGAGUAGCUGUCCUCCAAGACAUCAAGAGUUGGGCAGAGGAUCCAAAAUCUCCUACUGUCUGCUGGUUGCCCGGCCUCGCUGGAACAGGGAAAAGCACCAUUGCCCGUACCAUCGCCCGCGACUUGAAGGGGAGCUCUUUUGGUGGAGCCUUCUUCUUCAAGAAGGGUGCUGGAAACAGAGGCAACGGCCACUUUCUAUUCUCUGUUAGCGCUUACCAACUCGCCAUGAAUAUUCCUCCACUGCUUCAAACUAUCGUGGAUGCUAUUAAGCAGGAUGACUCGUCCGCUGUUGCUCCGAAAGAUAUACAAUGGCGAAAGCUGGUGCAAGAGCCACUUGUUGCACUGCAGACUACUGGAUUCGACAAACCUAUCCUUUUGGUUAUCGAUGCCCUCGACGAGUGUGAGGAAGAUGACAGGGGGGAGAUCCUAACACUUUUAGCGUCUUGUACUACCAUUAAGGUCUCAAUUACCAGUCGGCCUGAGCUGGAUAUCGGGGGACACUUUGCAAAGACCAUGUUCCAUCGAGAGAUCGUACUGUACCGAGUCGAUCCAGGAACCAUUGAGCAGGACAUCAACACCUUCAUCAGGCACGCCCUCUCCCACUUCGUACUCGAGUAUAAUCGAUCACAUCCCCAGGAAUACAUGCAACUGCAGCCUAAUUGGCCAGGAGACGACAAGACAAAGCUCAUUGUCUCACGUUCUCUCCCUCUCUUCAUCGCUGCUGCGACCUUCAUCCGCAUGAUCAAAAACCGUUAUUGGACGAAAAGCCCAAAUGACAAGAUUAACUUCAUUGUUGAGACAUUCGCCAAGAUUCACUCCCAGUAUGAUGCUUUGUACAGGCCAGUAUUGGGUCUCAUCUUGAGUCACUCGCCCGGAGAAGAUCAUGCUGAGAUCAUAGCCAAAUUCGCUGCCAUCAUUGGGUCGUUCAUUCUACUCGCUGACUCGUUGUCUAUCACUUCACUGGCGAAGUUGCUUAACAUUGAACCACAUGUGAUUAUUAGUCAAGUCGACCCGCUACGUUCGGUGAUCGAUGUCCCGUCCGAUGACAGCCCCAUUAGACUAUUUCACCUUUCCUUCAGAGACUACCUUGUCAGCAAAUCAGCUGGAGACCUCCAAGUGAGCGAGCCCAAGGCUACAAGACGCUUGCGAUCAAUUGUUUUGAACUCAUGA